AUACAUACUCAACAAGCAGAAGUGAGAAUUAUUUCAUUCGUGCUUCGGGAAUUAAAGGGAAAAGAUUCAAGAGAUGGAAAGCUCGAGGGCGCUCCUCCUGAUGGCGGUCACCGUGGCGGCCAUCGGCCUCGCCGGCGCCAACUUCCGCGACGACUGCGACAUCCCGUGGGCUCCUGAGAACGCCUACUUCUCGCCGGACGGCCACAGCCUCACCAUGUCCCUGCCGAGGGAGAACUCCGGCUGCGCGCUGCAGACCAAGAAGCAGUUCAUCUACGGCAGCGUCUCCACCCUCAUCAAGCUGAUACCCGGCGAUUCCGCCGGCACCGUCACCACAUACUACACGUCGUCGGCAAUGGACUCCAACAAAAAGCACGACGAGAUCGACUUCGAGUUCCUGGGGAACGAGACGGGGCAGCCCUACACGAUCCACACCAACAUCUUCGUGGACGGGGUGGGGAACAGGGAGAUGCAGUUCGUGCCCUGGUUCAACGCAACGGACGGGUACCACAACUACACCAUCUCCUGGACACCCUGCAUGGUGGUCUGGUACGUGGACAGCGUCCCCAUCCGGGUGUUCAGAAACUUCAGCAAGGAGGGCGUCCCGUUCCCGGUCACCCGGCCCAUGUACGCCUACUCCACACUCUGGGAGGCCGACGACUGGGCCACGCAGGGGGGCCGCGUCAAGACCAACUGGGCCAACGCGCCCUUCGUCGCCAGCUACCAAGACAUGGUCGUCGACGUCUGCAGCUGCGCCUCCGGCGACUACUACUGCGCCGACAACUGCAAGGCCAAGUACUACGGGUACGACCAGCAGUACUACUGCGGCGGGCUUCAGCCUGACCAGGCCAAGGCUAUGCUCGAGCUGCAGCAGAAGUACAGGAUCUACGACUACUGCGUCAAAUACAGGGCCGCCAACAAAGAGUGCGACCUCCAACAGUACUGAUUUUUGAUGAUGUGCCGUCUGAUCGAUCACCGUUCUUUAUACGUACGGCCGUGGCACGCACCAACGAUCGAUCCUUGGUAAUGAUUACCCAGAUGGGGAUUCGUUGGGGUUUAUUAAAUUGAUUGAUACAUAUUGAUUUGGUCAAGGAUUUUUAUUCCUUGUCAUCACAAAUAUUUUGUAGUUGUUUUUGAGAGGAAUAUUUUGUAAUUUUUUCUUGUUCCGGACAAACAUAUACAUACAGAUAUACUUGUAUAAUUAUUUAUUUCCUUGCUAUGAUGCAUAUAUGUGAGUAAUAUAUCCUCUUUUGUC